UCAGGUUUUUGUUGUAUCCAGGAUAAAUCAUUUACCACAAAUAUAAGCGGGUCCUUGGCCAGACAUAACUUUAUUAAAUCCGGAUUAUUACGGACAUAGAUAACAUUACAGUAACAGCACCAAAAAUAGUGUUUGUCCGAUUUAGAAAUAUGUCGAGAUCAUUCAAAUCUUCUAAAAGUUCGAGCUCGCAUGAAGAAACCAAUUUGUUACAUUUUUCUUUUUGUGAUCACAAAUCCAGCUUCAGACAUUUGCUACAAGGCGAUGAUAAAUAUUCUGCAUCUUUAGUGGAAGAUGAGGCAGAUUUUUGGAAAUUCGUUAAUAAAUAUGAAAGUAUGCUACGCAGUGCGGGGCAACCGAUAUUGGCAAAUCCCUUGCGUGAUUCCGAUUUGAAUGAGACUGAACCGUUUCACAAACGUAAAUACAUAGCAAUGCAAUUAGAACGCGGAAGCGAUUCAGAGCAACUAAAACGAGGCUGCCACAAUAUUGAAGGGCAGAUUUUUACAAAACGGAAAGCUCGACAGUUUAUGGAAAUCGUGCUUACCUAUUUGGACUUCAAGCAAAAGGAGAAAUUCACUAAAAUUAAGCAAUUGCGAAAAGCUCAAAAAUCUCUACCGAUUGCUCAUUUCAAGCAAAAAAUACAAGAGGAGCUGAAACAGACGCGGGUAGUUAUUAUUGCUGGUGAUACCGGUUGCGGGAAAUCCACCCAAGUACCCCAAUAUUUAUAUGAGUUCGGAUAUCGCAGCAUAGCUUGUACGCAGCCGCGUCGUUUGGCUUGUGUUUCGUUGUCGAAGAGAGUAGCGCAUGAAAUGCUUGAUGAUUAUGGGUCAAAAGUUGGUUUUCAAAUACGAUUCGAAAAGAAUAAAACUAAAAAUACAAAUAUACUAUUUAUUACUGAAGGCCUAUUGUUGCGACAGUUAGCAGUGGAAGCGAAUUUGGAGCAAUAUGAUGUUAUCAUAUUAGAUGAAAUACACGAACGUAAUCUAUUCGGCGAUUUCCUGUUGGGAGUUACAAAAUGCUUACUGCAUGCUAAACCGGAAUUAAAGUUAAUACUAAUGUCCGCCACCAUAAAUUUGAACUUAUUUCAGAAUUACUUCAAAAAUGAGGGCGCUGCAUUAAUUGAGGUGCCCGGAAGAUUAUAUCCAAUAAAAACAAUGUUUAUGCCACCACCAAGUUUGGAACUGAAAGGUGGUGCUGGUGGCAGUAAAGGCUCUUCAAAAAGCUCUAAUCGUCUAGAUCCCGCACCAUACAUACAGGUGUUAAAUUUGAUCGAUCAAAAAUACCCAAUUACUGAACGAGGAGAUGUGCUAAUAUUUGUUAGUGGUGUAAAUGAAAUCACAACAGUUUCUGAUGCAGCUAAGGAAUAUGCGGAACAAAAUUCGCAUUGGAUUAUAUUACCUUUGCACAGUGGCUUAUCGUUGGCUGACCAAGACAAAGUAUUUGAUUAUGCACCUGAAGGAAUGCGCAAGUGCAUAGUAUCUACAAAUAUCGCUGAGACGUCGCUCACAGUGGAUGGCGUGCGUUUUGUUAUCGAUUCGGGCAAAGUGAAGGAAAUGAGUUAUGAUGCCAGUUGCAAAGGCCAACGUUUGAAAGAAUUUUGGGUAUCGAAAUCAUCAGCUGAGCAACGUAAAGGACGGGCUGGCCGUACUGGCCCAGGCACCUGCUUUCGUCUCUUCUCAGAAAAACAGUUUGCGGCAUUUGAGGCGUAUCCUACGCCCGAAAUUCUUCGAGUUCCAUUGGAAACAAUACUUUUGCAAAUGAUUGCAAUGGGUUUGCCCAAUGUACGCUCAUUUCCAUUUGUCGAAUCACCGGAAGAAGAAUGCAUUGAACAGGCCAUAUGGUCUUUGAAGCAACAUAAUGCGCUUGGUAUUGAUGAAAAAAUUACGCCAUUGGGCAAGUCACUUUCUAAUUUACCAGUUGAAAUUACAAUCGGUAAAAUGUUGCUUAUGGGGUGUGUUUUUCCUGAUGUGGAAAAGAUAUUAACGCUAGCAGCAACGAUGAGCGUUCAAAAUCCGUUUACAAACCGCGCCUAUACGGACCGUAAAUGUGAGCAAGAGCGGGAGCCACUGCAGUCCGAUCAGGGUGACAUAUUCACAUUGUUACGCGCUUAUCACGAAUGGUUGCAACUUAAAUGGAAUAAUGAAAACACCAGAAGGUGGUGUCAUAAGCUAGGCAUCGAGGAGCAGCGUUUUUAUGAAAUCACUAAAUUGCGCAAUCAAUUCCAAAACAUUCUCGAAAGUUGUAAUAUGACCUGCAAAAAUGACGAUUCCGCUCCACUAACAAGCGCCGAGCGUGCGCGGCGUCAUGGUGAAGUGCGUCAACUGAAAGCUAUCAAACGUAAACAGAAAUACCAGGAGCCACGUAAACGAAAAAUACUCAAGCGUAGCAGUUACGGCGGUGGAGAUGAUGAUGAGUGCGAUGAUGCAGGUGAUGAUAUACGUGAUGUCGAUUUUCGGCUACAUCACGAUGCUGCCAAAUUGGAGGUGCUGCUGAACUCAUCCAGCGCGGAUAAACUGCGCGAUGUCUUGUUGCUCAAGCUAAUUAUAGUUAGUGGUUUCUACCCACACAUUGCUAUUGCUGACGAAUUUAACUACUGCAAAAGUGGCAGUCAACAGUUCUUUCACACCUUCCUAAAGCCCUUCAUAUCCCUACAUCCAAACGGAUAUUUCGCAAAGUACUUUGAUGUACUCAAGCUGAACGAUAGCGACAUUUUAGAUAAACCAAACUAUUACACACCGAAACAGCUGCUGAGUUCACGGCAUCAGGUGGUGUGCUAUCAAAAUUUGCUGGAGACCGCGAAGCCUUACCUGAUGAAUUGUAUUCGUAUGCCAGCAGCACAAGCACUGCUGUUAUUUUCCUUUUCAGUGGAUACGAACGCGUCAGUAACUCGUGUAGUGUGUGACUCGUGGCUGUGCUUGGAGUUUCCUGUUCCGGAAACGGGCUGCGAGCUGCUGUGCCGCGCCAUCAAACUGCGCCGAUUGUGGGCGAAGCUGUUAUCACAAAAACUGACUGACUUGGUUAACAAUGUGGAAAAUCAAAGUGUUAAAAAAGAAAAACGCACCAAGGAUGAAGAAGCCGAACUUUGGGAAUCGCUCAUCGAUUAUAUGAGUGCCAAUGUGAGCUACACAGUAAAACGUUUGCUACCCGCCGAUUUGAAAACCCUCUACACGCACGAAAAGCUAGGCAAUUUUGAAAUGUUUAGCGUCAAUCCAUUUGCACCCAACUAUGCCAUCAGCCAAAACGAAGAAAAAGGUGGCAUAAAUGUUGCCGAAAAUGUUGUUUAUGGAUGCCUACAAGAAGUGCAGUGGACAUUGGCAAUGGAGGCUGAAAUGCGCCAACACAAUUGGGUAUGCAAAACUUGUGAUGCGGAAAUGGCAUUGGAUGUGAUCGAGAAAUUGUUGCACAAAAAAACUUGUAGCCCUGCAGUCGCAGCUACAGUCGAGAAACUCGAAAAAGAUACGUCAACAGCUAGCACUUCGAAAUCCAUUAAAGGUAGUGCUUACAUCUGCGAGACAUGCCAAAAGGAGUUGCAUAUGAGUAAAAUCGAUAUUCUAAAACACAGAAAAUAUUGCAAUAGAACUGAUAAGGAGUAGAUAAAAAUAAAGUCGCAUUAUUUUUUUUUUUCCGCUGUGUGCCCAAUUUUUUGGUUUGUAUCUGUAAUUCUCAUCAUAUGGUAAUAUACAUGUACAUAUAAAUCUAUGCGCAGAUAGUUGCUUUUUAACACUUAAUUGUUAACUAAUUAUAGUAGUUAAAAUAAUUUAUAAUUUA